CGUACGGUCUGUCACAACGGUUUCGCGCAUCGCAUCGAUGGGAACGAGCGGUCGGUCUGCUAGUUCGUGUGUGCUGUUUAAUUUUUCGCGCGCGCUUUAACAACAGCAGGCACCCAUAUCGAGGCGCACCUGAUAUCAGUCACGGCUCGUUGGAACACCGGUAAACCGCGGCUACUUCCGCCGUUCGGCUCCUCGCCGACCCGAGCAUCCAGCUUUCGGUUUCCACGUUCCAAAAUAAUUGUUAAUAAUUGGUACGAUUUAAUUACAAUUUCUAAACAGUGUUCAAGCCGGAGUUGUUAGCAAGAAGGAAAAUAAAAAAAGCCAACGUUGAAUCAAUCAAAGGUAUUCAGUGCGUGAUUUGAACAAUAUCCGGCUCGGACAGACAGGCCAAUGGCUGUUCGGGUCGAGUCAGAACCAGUAUCCGAAAAUUUAUGUCUUCCUAAUCACCUGCGCAUGUUGUCCUCCUUUUUUGCUGUAGUGAUUCAAGUCCUCCAAGAUCCUGUGAGAAGCAAAGUGACCGAAAUUUUAACAAAAGAAUGUAUGCACAAAAGAAAUGAGAUGCAGAGCCGGAAGUAUUUUUCCUUUUUUUCUGAAACGGAACUAAUUGUAUUGUAAUUGGUAGGUUAGUGCGGCGAGUGUGGCUCUACACCGGAAGUUGAGCCGAACACAAAGGAUUCGGGACAAGUGAUUUGUCUGGAACUGGACGAAAAAAAACAUCCCAUGAAUGGAAACACCUUCCCUGAACUGUUGGCCGGGGGGACGCAAAGCGGAGAUGAGACGGUAUGUGAUGAAAUCUCCGAUGCAGAAGCCGAGCCGAGCAGCGCAUGUGAAUAAACAAAUGAAGAUUGUGAAGUUGUUGUGUGUGAUGUAAACAAAGAAGGCUGUUUGGAGACGCGUAGCGAGUAGCGAGAAAAGAAGACCCAAAAAUUGGAGCACUGUUUAAAAGAUCAUUAGUUUUCUGAGAGCAUAAGAACCGUCGGUUUCCUAACGUACCUCGUCGCCAUCUACCACCACCGAAGCACGAUGAUAUAUCGCGACCGAGUGGUGGACACGACCGUAAAGAAACAACCGAACAUCGUCGGGUUAAGAUUUUAAUUAAAUUUUGAUGAUAUGGAAUCUAGCUGACUGCUGACUCGUCCAUUGAUCGGAGCGACUUAAUCGAAACUGACAUAAUCAGAUGCAAUUAAUACGCGAUCGCGAAAAACUGAUCUGCGGCAUCGGUUUUGGUGCGGAUCAUACAAAGAGAACGAGCCGCUCCACGCUCCAAAUGCAACCAGUUUGGAAAGGACUGAGAGAAAAUCUCUGUGGAAGAUUGCGAUCCUUUCAGGACGGCAUAACAUUAUUAAUUACUUUCAAGUACCCGUGCCAAGUGUUUUUGUUUCAACGAUUCAAACGCGCUAUGGUAAAAAAAAACUUAGAGAAGGGCAGGCCAUCCUACCUGGACAUGUGAAAUAUAUAUCUGCUAUCUUAUCUUGUUUACAGUAAGGUGCGAAUGUGUAUUUCUAUAUCGAUCAGACGCUUAAAGUUCCUACCGAUCCAUGAGUAAACAGCUGGGCAACCGUCGUCGUCGGGAGAUAAAGCCUCAGUGUAUUGUUUUUUCUGCGGUGAAUGUGAACUAAAAAGUAACAUACAUUAACAUUUUGCAUAGCGUUAAAAUUGGUCGAUUCAGUUCUGUCACCAUCAACGAACAGAGUUGUGCAAAAUUCUUCAAACUUAUCAUUUAUUGAUAACAACCACAUAAAAGCAACCGCAAAUAAGCACGGCUUUCGCACUUUUCCAAUUCAGUCAAAUCCAACCUGUUGUUUCAGUCACGUUCGAUUCGGGAUGCUAUUUUCGGUUCGAAGUUCCCGAACGACAUCGCACAAAAUUUUCGAAUCUUAACAUGUUUGUGACCGGAGGAAAAAGUUCCGGAUUAUUAGUACGAAACGAACCAAUUGCCAGAAACAUCACCCGUCUCUACUCCGAAACGCUCUCAAGCUGUCACGGAAGACGGUUGUGUGUUGUGGUUCCGCUUCAGGUUGCUAUAAUCGGUAGCAAUAAAACCAAAACGAUGUGAUUCCAAAAAAUCCACAGGAAUCCAUUUUCCCUCACGAAUCAGAUUGAGUUGAUGAAGAAGUCAAAUGUAAUAUAAAUCAUCGAACGAACCUUCCGUAAGUGAAUCAUAUUAUUCUGGCUAGUGGUUUCAAGUGGAACAAUACUCUUCCGAGUGCUUGGGUGUUGACAAAAUUUAAAUUAGACCGUGUUCAGUCAUCGUCGGAAGUGGCAGCAGAAACGGUGGAAAAAAUAAAAGCACAGUGCCUUUCGUCGCCGUCGCCCCCUCCCCGUCAGGGCCUACUAGUGAAGAACAAUGUUGUUUGACAAGCUACUGGCAGCAGCAGCAACUACUACAACCACAACAACAACAACAACAACAAGAGCUACCGCCGGCCAUUACGACUCAGCGAAUGUGUCAGUAACGAAACAAAAGUGCAAAUUGCUAACAAAACCAUCAGCGUCAACCGAAAAUGUACAACAGUGACAAUACCUGGGAAACCGUUAAUACUGGGCGUCGAAAUGCGGACGCCACCGGUGGUGAUACCGCCAACAAUCGACGACCGGAGUUCCAAUGUGAUUGUGUUUGUUCGUGCUGUUGCAAGUGCUAUCCGGCCGAAAAUGAAACCCUGAAGGAGGUCACUGUGGCCGCCACCGCCACCGCCACCGCCACCGCCACCGCAGCCGCAGCCGCCCCCGCUUAUCAGAACAAUGAAGUGUUCAAUAGUCGUCGCGCUCUCUCGCAGGAUUCGAUCGUCCGACGUCAACGACGGAAACGGCGCGGUAAAUCGGGUAACGUGGAACAGCUACUGGCGGCCACCAAAACUGUGAACUCUAGUCUAGCACUUGAUUCGCAGAACCGACGAAACUCGGCCUACUGUGUGUGCCGACUCGAGAUCAAAAUCGUCUGGUAUGAGCUGUCGCAGGAUCUGUUGGACAAGCAGAUCGAACUGUUGGAGCGCAAGUACGGUGGCGUCAAAGCCCGCAACGCAGCCCUUACGAUCCAGCGGGCCUUCCGACACUACACUAUGGUGAAGAAAUUUGCCUCCAUCACGGCAAUGGCUAAGGCGGAGAAGCGCAUGAGUCGACGGGUCCAGCACCAGCAACAACAACAACAGCAGGCUGAACUAGAGAUGAUGCAGCAGCAGCAACAGCAACUGCAGAGCCACCUCCCGGAGGGUGCUGAAAUGUACGACGACGGUAGCCUCGGUGGGCAGCGAGUUUGUGCCACAAUCUCCGCCACACCACCGGGAACACUACACCACCGGGUGACUCCAGUUCGCAGUAUGUCACUGCGGGAGCGCCGGCUCGAUUCCAGUCCGAUUCCGCGUAGCCAGUCUGGAACUGCUUCGCCAGCCCCACCUGCCAACAAUUCCUGGUCCCAAGGUCAGAUGGUUACCACGGUUUCGACCGGUAAUCAGCAACCGCAACCGUACUCCCACCCACAUGUAAAUAUCCUGCACCAACAGCAGCAAAACUACUACAACAGUGCGGCUUCCUCAUUACCACACCAGCAGGCAUACCAAAACCAGUACGGAUCGCAAGAUUUAAAUAUUAGCGGCGGAAGUUCCGUACUAGAUUCGACCAUUUCGUCGAUGAACCUAUCGUGGAACUCCGGCACCGGAGCUGCUAUCGUUGCAACCGCUGGCAGUGGACAUCACAGUCCGUACACACCGCACUAUACGGCAGCCCAGAUAUACAUGCGCCCACGAGGAGUUGGCAUAGGAAGUUCCGGUGGCAGCUCGGGAUCAGCAGGAAGCAGUUGCAGUGCCAGCCGUAAAGUGCCACCUGAAGUACCAAAGAGAACAUCAAGUAUCACAUCCACACAGCACACUCCCAACCGAUCGCUAAGGCCCAACGGUCUCUGUAAGACGGCCGAAAACGGAUCACUCAGUUCGGUUCAGUCAUCGGGCAGUGACUCGUCGGCAUCGGCUGAGCGAGUACAAGGUGUUGGUGAGUUGGGAUCCGACCGAUCAAGCUCCCCGCAAUGGAAAAGAAAAGGCCCAGGCAGCAGCAGCGGAAGCACUAGUGGCAUUCAAAUGACUGCUCAGAGUCCUGAUCACAUGAUUGGUGCUACCGGUGGUGUCGCUGUGGGACCAGCUGGGAACGUCAAUGUCACUGUCAGUAGCAUGGAGAAUGAGUGCUUGAGUUCGCACACCAGCGCCGCACAGUAUUCAAUGGAACAACACGAUCAAAUUGUUCACACACCCACCAGCUACAAAGUGUCGGAGACCAUACGGAAACGACAGUACCGGGUGGGAUUGAAUCUGUUCAAUAAAAAGCCGGAGAAAGGUAUAACGUAUCUAAUCCGCAAGGGCUUUCUGGAAAACACCCCGCAGGGUGUUGCACGUUUCCUUAUUUCACGCAAGGGUCUUUCGCGGCAGAUGAUUGGCGAAUAUCUUGGCAAUCUUCAGAACCAAUUUAACAUGGCUGUGUUGGACUGCUUUGCCGGCGAGCUGGAUCUCUCCGGAAUGCAGGUCGACGUUGCCCUUCGCAAAUUCCAAGGCUACUUCCGGAUGCCGGGAGAAGCGCAGAAAAUCGAACGACUGAUGGAGGUAUUCUCCGCGCGCUACUGUCAAUGCAAUACUGAUAUUGUGGCCCGGCUACGCUCGCAUGAUACCGUCUUCGUACUGGCAUUCGCCAUCAUCAUGCUCAACACAGAUCUUCAUACACCGAAUUUGAAACCAGAACGACGAAUGCGGUGCGAUGACUUCAUUAAGAAUCUGCGUGGAAUUGACGACUGUCACGACAUCGAUCGCGACAUGCUGACGGGAAUCUACGAACGGGUGAAGGCCAACGAGUUCAAACCCGGCUCGGAUCACGUGACGCAGGUUAUGAAGGUACAGGCUACCAUCGUAGGCAAGAAACCCAAUCUGGCACUGCCCCAUAGACGGCUAGUGUGCUACUGUCGACUGUACGAAAUUCCAGACAUCAACAAGAAAGAACGACCGGGCGUACAUCAGCGGGAGGUAUUCCUUUUCAACGACCUCCUUGUGAUUACCAAAAUAUUCAGCAAGAAAAAGAGCUCCGUGACAUAUACGUUCCGCAAUAGUUUUCCUCUGUGCGGUAUGGUCGUUACGCUACUGGAUGUGCCGAAUUACCCAUAUUGCAUCCGACUGUCACAGAAAGUCGACGGUAAGGUGCUAGUAACGUUCAACGCCCGCAACGAGCACGAUCGCUGCAAAUUUGCCGAGGAUCUGCGUGAGUCAAUCAGCGAAAUGGACGAGAUGGAAACACUCCGUAUCGAGGCGGAACUGGAGAGACAAAAAUCGGCUCGUGGGCAGCGCAGCGGCAACAGCGAGAAUCGAGACAGUGGAGUGGCCGACGUGGAGGUUUGCGCCGGUCAGUAUCAUCACCAUCAUCUGCACCAGGGUAACGGUGGCCCCAGCGGAAAUGGCAUCAGCGGCGGCGGUGUCUCACCAAGCGAAUGUGGAAUUGCACACACACAUAGCGAAGCACAGUUGAAGCGAAGCGCUCUUAGCAAUUCACUCUUAGAUAUGCACGAACAAUUUGGCAAUGAGAAGCCCCAGCGACGUGGUAGUGUUGGCUCGUUAGAUAGCGGAAUGUCAAUCUCAUUUCAAUCCACCUCCGCAAGCACUGGUUCACGUAGCGACAUCAAGGUUCGUAUGCUGUCCCACAGUAACACAUCCGGUCAGACCAUAAUGCAUGCCGGUCAGCAUCCCACCGCCCUGAUGGGUGCCAUCUAUCAUCAGCAAAUACUGCAACAGCCACAACCGCCGUCAGUGCAGCCGCCGCCACCACAAAUCGCAGUGCUGCCGGUCAAUCAAUUGACACCAGCGCCACCCCAGCAGACACGGCGUGAACGGAAACUAUCCCGUUCAGAGGAUACUGCGGUGGCAUUAGUAGCCGCUUCAAGUACCGGUGCCACCUCCGGAGCUCCCUCCGGUUCCAACUUCGGACGCUCAACGGAAGUCUAAAGACAGCCUGGAACGAAAAGCUGAUGCGAUCAAAUUGUAAAUAUGUACUGCAAUCAGCAGCAUUAGCAGUGACACGAACCAAAUCAUUUGCUCUAGCGUAUGUGUUUUUUUCCCUUUGAAGAGUUAAUUAAAGAUCCAAAACAUGUUAUUGGUCUGAGGAAAUAGACAACUUUUAGGUUCCCACUCAGAAUUGUACCCCAUCAAAUAAAUGACAAAAUAGUCUUGUUAGAAAUUUCUAACUCAGAAAAGCACGUUCAUAAUUACACGAUAAUCACUAUACAAAACGCAAUAGCAAUACGCUGUACGAGUACAGUCAAAAGUCCUUCUCCCAAUAACACCUUUUUGAAGUAGUCCAAUAGACACUGUAUGUAAAUAGUUAGGUUUUUGUUUCCUUUGAAGAUCGCGUGUCACGUUUAUCCCCUUCUAUCCACAACGUUUCCUGGAUUGUAGCUAAUGUAAUUUGUAUUACCGAUAAGUGAAGAAAUGAUAAUUAUAAUAACAAGUUAAUGUAUUUGUUAGAGUACAGACUUAAAAUAAAAGGAAAAAUAAUCAACAACAUCUUUGAUUAAGUGAAGUAGAACCAUAUGGCGAGAAUAAGCCACAUGCUUCAUUGAUUUACGUUUGUAUCAUAUUAACCGUUAAACUUACUGUUUCUACAUAAUCGUACCGUCGCGUUGAGCAGCCAAACGGGAAAGUCCAAAGCCAAGGAUUUCUGAGAGAAACACAAAAUUGUAGCUAUCGUUUUUUUUUUGUAUUAUUUGGGGAUUUGUGAAGAAAAGAAACUAA